GACAGCCCGGCCCCGGUGCGGGCCCGGUCCUCGCGGCUAGUGCUGCGGCCGCGGCAGCGACAGCGGCGGCGGCGUGCGAACAGGGACUGGGCCGGGCGGAAGAAGUCAGCCCAAGGCAUUUCCGGUUCCGGUGUCAGUUCGAGGCGCCGCCGCCGCAGUCGCCCGAGACGAGAUGCCUAAAGGAGGAAGAAAGGGAGGCCACAAAGGCCGGGCGAGGCAGUAUACGAGCCCUGAGGAGAUCGAUGCCCAGCUGCAGGCUGAAAAGCAGAAGGCCAGUGAAGAAGAGGAGCAAGAAGAAGGUGGAGAUGGGGCUUCGGGUGACCCCAAAAAGGAGAAGAAAUCUCUAGACUCAGAUGAGAGUGAGGAUGAAGAUGAUGAUUACCAGCAAAAGCGAAAAGGUGUGGAAGGGCUUAUUGACAUUGAGAACCCCAACCGGGUGGCGCAGACAACCAAAAAAGUCACACAACUGGACCUGGACGGGCCAAAGGAACUUUCAAGGAGAGAACGAGAAGAAAUCGAGAAGCAGAAAGCAAAAGAGCGCUACAUGAAAAUGCAUUUAGCUGGGAAGACAGAGCAGGCCAAAGCUGACCUGGCCCGUCUGGCCAUCAUUCGAAAACAGCGGGAGGAGGCGGCAAGAAAGAAAGAAGAGGAGAGGAAAGCAAAAGAUGACGCGACUUUGUCAGGAAAACGAAUGCAGUCGCUCUCCUUGAAUAAAUAAGCCAGCCUGUGGGAGGAGAUGCUGGGGAACUGGACCAUGCCACCAGGACCUCCGCCGUGUCUCGCCCACCGUGUGCCCUGGCGCCGCUGCAGCAGCCCCUCAAGGCCAUGAGCCCCGUGGCCUGGGGCCUCCUCUUCAUCUUGGCAUAGAAAUUGUUUGGGGAAAUACGGGGGGUCUGGGGGGAGGGGCAGCUGCUAUCUUUGAGACAGAAAGAUGCAGGACAGCAUUUCAUACGUAACCAUUUGAAUGUUUUUGCUGUUUUUAGAAUUCGGAACCCUGAUUGGGGGGUGCCUGGGAAUCAGGGUGAGGCACUUCCAUUCGUCUGGUAGAUUGCACGUUAGUGGGGAUCAUGCCAGUGGGCAGCUGCUAUGGGAGUUGGCGACUGCCAGCCCAGCCUGUUUGCUUGGGUGCUGACUCAGAGGGGCUGCCCACAGCUUGUCCCUGGCCAGUUCCGUCUGACUGAGGCCUCUCCUCUGACCUACUCCGCCCCCUUCUCACCCAUCUGGCCAGGGCUAGUGCCCAUUUUUAACCCUGCCCAUUGAUCAUUUCAAGAAACUUCUGGUUACUGUGCAGCACCCAGACAAGACACGCUCCACAACUUCAACUUGUAUAUUUGGCAGAUUAAACAACAUUAUCAUAA